CGAAACUUACGACCGCCAGUAUAUAAAAGCCUCGCAGGGCACCGGUUUGCACCUCCUUAAAUUUGUCUCUGCUCUCGAUCGUCUCCGCCCGGAGACCACCCUCUUCAUCCGCCGCCGGCGCCACCGGCCGCCGGCGCCGUCUCCAUUACCCUGCGAUGGCCGCCGUAUCCGGCUCCAGCUCCACCAGUCACAUCUAACACGAGUAGCCCUCACCUGAGCGGCUGGGCCUCCUUCCACAAGCCCGUCUCCGCGUCCGGUCGGGUCGAGAGGAGAUGGAGGCGAGCGUGGGCAUCCGGGCACAGCCCCGUGCCUGGGCCAGGCUCGAGAUGCAGCACGGCCCUUCCUCUGCGAGAGUCCCGGUGAGGUUCCCAGCGGAGAAGCAGCCGCAAAGGCUGGUUCUGGGAACGGAUCCUUGGAGGAGGAAGGAUCCGGUCCGUGCUGCAAAGUUGAAAGUUUCGUGCUGCAAGAAAUCGCCAGGUACUGAAAAGGUCCAUUACUCUGCUGAUGAAGCUCUCAUACUACAGCAAAAAGCCCAGGAUGUUCUCCCUUACUUGGAUGGCCGAUGUGUUUAUCUAGUUGGAAUGAUGGGUUCAGGCAAAACUACAGUUGGGAAGAUCUUGGCCGAAGUAUUAGGUUAUUCAUUCUUUGACAGUGAUAAGUUGGUAGAGAAAGCUGUUGGUAUGCCAUCUGUUGCUGAGAUCUUUCAGCUCCAUAGUGAAGCAUUCUUCAGAGAUAAUGAGAGUGGGGUCCUAAGGGAUUUGUCAUCAAUGCAUCGAUUAGUUGUUGCAACUGGAGGUGGUGCCGUGGUCCGACCAAUCAAUUGGAGUUACAUGAGGAAAGGGCUGACUGUGUGGUUAGAUGUUCCACUGGAUGCACUAGCAAGAAGGAUUGCUGCCGUGGGAACCGCUUCGCGGCCCCUCUUGCAUCAGGAACCUGGUGACCCUUACGCAAAGGCUUAUGCGAAACUCACAGCACUUUUUGAGCAAAGAAUGGACUCAUAUGCUAAUGCUGAUGCCAGAGUUUCACUUGAACAUAUUGCAUUAAAACAGGGAUAUAAUGAUGUCACGGUACUUACUCCUAGUGCGAUUGCCAUUGAGGCAUUGCUAAAGCUGGAAAGCUUUCUUACUGAGAAGGCCAUGGUCAGAAACUGACGCUUGUUGGUGGGGGAAAAGGACACUGACAACAUAUGGCUCCUGUUUGUUUUAUUGUACAUAUACCUUUGCAUAAGACUCUUUUUUACAGUAGCAUUAGGUUGUUGUUUCACCCAACAUGGAAGAGGGUCAUUUGAGUUUCUACGUGUGUAAACGAAUAAGUAAAUAACUUUCAGUUAAAAUAAUUUCCAUUUGUUAUUGAGAAACUAAGUAGAAAAGUGCAUUAGUUUGCAUAUAACGAGGUAUUAAUAAUAGUUGAUGUAUCUUGAA